AUGGGGACAGGGAGCAGGGAGUUAAUUUCUGCUCAUAGUCCGCCGGUUAUGUGCGAACUGCAGCCCCAGGAAUGUCACUCGUGGCGCAAGUUGAAAUCUAGGAGGCUGUCACUGUCCAGACUGAGGCAUGCUGCAACUAGUGCAAGAACUAGACCCACUGCAGACACCACUGCCCAUACCAGUGACGUCCAAGAGUCUCAGCCGAGCACAUCUGAAAGGCCUGGAACUGACCUAGAGGAGGAGCAAUGGCCUAGAGAUCCCAUGAAUGACACGGUGGAGAUAAAUGUAACUUGGCUCAAUUGUGCCCGAGAAGAGGUUUAUUAGUUCCUUUAGAGUUUCCAUAAACUGCUUGCAAUGGAUUUCACCUAUAUUGCAUAUGCAUGAUCUCGCAUAGC